GCCCAAUCCUCCUCGUCCAAUUUCUCGUUUCCAUCCCCCCUCUCUCGCUCGUCGCCGUUCAACACGAUGGACAAGCUCUCUUCCCUCGCAAAAUAUACUGCCUCCUGCCCCUUCUUGGGUCGCACAAAGACAUCCACUCUUCGUACCCUAUGCACUUCGGCGUCCUCCCGCUAUCCCUCGCUGUCAAAGCUCACCGAGAAAGCCACCCGUUGCCCCGUCAUGGGUCCCGCUCUCCAGGUCCGUUCCGGCCAGCUCGUCGCUGGUUAUGCUAGCGUAGCCGGCAGCGCCGAGGUCAAUAGUAUUCACCACCACAAGGGCGUUUUCCCCCACCCUACUGGUGGAAAUAUCGAAAUGUGUCCUCAUGCAUCCAAGGCGCUUGCUGCCGCUCGCAUGGCAGAGGACCUUGCUAGGGCCAAGAAGGAGAAGGACGCAAAGGCGGCCGCUGCUGCCUCUGCCAAGCCUUCUACCUCCAAAGCGGCUGCUGCUGGUUGCCCAUUCCAUGCCUCCGACGUUACCGCCGAGGCUGCGAAGGCUACAGCAACUGCUGGAGGUUUCAACUACGACCAGUGGUAUACUACUGAGCUCGAGAAGAAGCAUAAGGAUGCCUCCUACCGUUACUUCAACAACAUUAACCGUCUCGCUACCAAGUUCCCCAUUGCUCAUACGGGGGACCCCAAGCACGAAGUUGAGGUUUGGUGUGCUAAUGACUACCUCGGUAUGGGUAAUAACCCAGUCGUCCUCGAGACCAUGCAUCGCACGUUAGACACGUACGGUCAUGGUGCUGGGGGAACUCGUAACAUUGCGGGCAACACUGGCAUGCAUCUUGCUCUCGAGGAAGAGCUAGCGCAGUUACACAGGAAACCUGCUGCUCUUGUCUUUUCGUCGUGCUACGUUGCUAAUGACGCUACGCUUGCCACUCUUGGCUCCAAGCUACCCGGUUGUGUCUACUUUUCUGACGCCAUGAAUCAUGCUUCCAUGAUUCAAGGCAUGAGACACUCCGGCGCAAAGCGCGUCAUAUUCAAGCACAACGACUUGGAGGAUUUGGAAGCCAAGUUGGCUCAGUAUCCCAAGGAGACCCCGAAGAUCAUUGCUUUCGAGAGCGUUUACUCCAUGUGCGGUAGUAUCGGACCCAUUGCAGAGAUAUGUGACCUCGCGAAGCAGUAUGGCGCGCUCACUUUCUUGGACGAAGUGCACGCCGUUGGCCUGUACGGACCUCACGGCGCCGGUGUUGCUGAGCAUCUCGACUGGGAUGCCCAAGUGCGUGCUGGAAACAGUCCUGAGCCCAUCAAGGGUUCGGUCAUGGACCGUAUUGACAUCAUCACUGGUACUCUUGGCAAGGCAUAUGGUGCUAUCGGCGGAUAUAUCGCUGGUUCUACGGAUUUCGUCGACACUAUUCGCUCCUAUGCUGCCGGAUUCAUCUUCACGACUUCCCUCCCUCCUGUUAAUGUCGCUGGUGCUCGUGCAAGUAUUUCCUACCAACGCGAGUACCUCGGUGACCGUCAGUUGAAACAACUUAACGUCAAAGAGCUCAAGUCUCGCUUCGAAGCUCUUGACGUUCCUGUAAUCCCCGGUCCUUCUCAUAUCGUUCCCGUCCUCGUUGGUGACGCGGCUCUUGCUAAAGCUGCCUCAGAUGCUCUUCUCGCCAACCACGGUGUCUACGUUCAGUCCAUCAACUACCCCACCGUCGCUCGCGGCGAGGAACGUCUCCGCUUCACCGUCACCCCCGGCCACAACCUCGACCAGAUCACUCGUCUUGCUAAAGUUGUCGAUCAGACUUUCACGGAGCUUGGUAUCAAGCGUACUUCGGAUUGGAAGGCAUUGGGUGGACAUGCUGGUGUGGGUAUGCCUGAUGCUAAGCCGGUUCAGCCUAUCUGGACGGAUGAGCACCUUGGUUUGGCUUCGGGUACUGCACCAAAGUUGUUGAGGGCUGGUCAAAAACGCAUCAUCGAUACUCGGGCUGUUAGGAUCACUCGCGAGAAGUUCAAUGACCUUCUUGGUCCGGUUGACACUGUUGCGAGCACCGUUGGUCAUAAGCAGGCUGGUCACAAGGAGGUUUACCCCAUGACCCCGUCUGCUUCGGUUCAUGCUCCCACUCCCGUUGCUGUAGCUGCUUGAGAUGCGCUAGUGUUCUUCUCCCCUUUGCUUUUUACUCGUCAUUUGUUGUGGUCAUGCUCUUGUGCGUUAUGCAGUGAUGUAGCCAAGGUUAAGCAAGGUAGUUGUACUCAGUGUUGUGUUCGUUCGUGUAGGCAAUGCAACUUGAAGACGUGGUGUCGCUUAAGUAUCCGAGCCUGACCGGCCUGAACAAGUACACUACGAAUCGUCACUAAGUAAUACAGCUAGUAAAUCGCUUGCUCGAGUCCGUC